AUGGAGGUGCUGAGGCCCACCCUGAUCCGCAUUGGAGACAGAGUAUACCGCAAGAAUCUCAUCCAGGAGCAGAGCUACCCCCAUGAUGAUGAGGAGGAGGAUUUCUGUGCAGGUCCUGGGGACUGCCCGGACGAGCCCUGUGAUGCCUUCACGGUGGAGGAGACUGAGAGAGGCUUCCAGUGCCGAGUGGAGGUUCCCAGCCCCUUGUACAAGUACAUAAUUGGGAAGAAAGGAGAGACCAAGAAGAGGCUAGAAACAGAGACUAGAACCUCCAUCAGCAUUCCCAAGCCUGGAGUGGAAGGAGAGAUCGUAAUCACUGGGCAGCACCGGAGCGGUGUCAUCUCUGCCCGGACACGGAUUGAUGUGCUCCUGGACAGCUUCCGUCGGAAACAGCCCUUCACACACUUCCUGUCCUUUGCUCUCAACCAGCCUGCCAUCCAGGAGAGCUUCCUGCACUUCAAGGACGAAGUCUUGGAGAAAUGCUCAAAGGAUCAUGGGGUCAGCAGCAGCCUGUUCCAGAACCCUGCAAAGCUCCAUCUGACCCUUGGAACAUUGGUGCUCCUGAACCAACAAGAGAUUCAGAAAGCCUGUGACCUCCUCCAGCGCUGCAAAGAGGACUUUGUGGACCAAAUCACUGGAGGCAAACCCCUGGCUGUGGAAGUGGCAGGAGUGGAGUACAUGAAUGAUGACCCUGCUGUGAUGGAUGUCCUUUAUGCCCAAGUGCACAUGAAGGAUGGCUCAGACAGGCUGCAGGUGAUUGCAGAUCAGCUGGUGGAGAGGUUUGUGGCCUCGGGCCUGAUGCUGAAGGAAUGGGAUAGGGUGAAGCUGCACGCUACAGUCAUGAACACUCUCUUCAGGAAAGAUCCAACUGAAGAGAGAAACAAUCCAGUGCCUGGGAAAUCAUCCCUCAAGGAACGGGAGUCAUUCGAUGGCCGAAAUAUCCUCAAG